CAACGUUCAGUAACAUCAGUUGAUGCACAUCUCCUUGAGAACUUACAAUCAUUCCCGGUUCUGACAGAGUGAAGCGUUCGUAUUCUGUGUAUAUUUAUUAUUAGGUGUCGGCAUGAGCGAGCAUAGCGCAGCCAAUACAGACACUCCCGAGAGCUUUUCCGUCAGCGACAAACCGCGCAUCGCUAUCAACGACCUUCCCCCGGAUGUUCUCCUUGUAAUAUUUCGUGAAUUGCUCCUUACUGUCCGGCAGCCCAUGUUCUGGGGAAUGUAUGCCAUAGGCUGGAAUGACAGUCACCUGGAAUCCUGGCCAUCGUACGACAGCUCCAUGCCCCGGCAUGCGUUCCCGGAGUCGAUCGCCUCUGUCUGUUGCUAUUGGCGAGAGAUCAUGUCGACCCUGUCCUUCUUCUGGACGCGUUUGGUCAUAUGGGUCGGCCAGGAGCCUACACCACUCUCGACCAUACACGACUACCUUGCUUGGUCUCAGGAUGGGCUCCUCGACAUCUAUAUUCUUCGCAAGGCUGAUCCGUCCAUCGAGCGGGACCCCAUGGAGAAGAUGCAGGUGAAGAACGUCAUGGAGAUACUCCUUCCUCACAUGAAACGUUGGAGACUUCUCUGCGUGAAGCUCCUCCAGUCCACCUCGCUCCCGCUUCCUCGGAUUGACCUCGUUGGCCGCGCAAACAGACUCGUCAAGCUUCAAAUGCAUUUCGACAUUGACGAUUGUGUCGCGAGUCCGGAAGCAGCACCGCCUGUGAUCGGCGAGUUCCACACGCCCGUACUGGAGAAGCUCCAUAUGGGUGGCUUCCACUUUCGGGAGGCAUACUCGAAGCCAUUCCCGCAGACCCCAAUGCCCCCAGGCUCAGCUACGUCAACAUCUCAGAUUACGACUCACGCCUGCCUCAAUUUCCCCUGAUGGACCUACUUUCUUGCCUGGUGAGCUGCAAGAAGAUGUCCAAAGUCCGGUUCGCGAACCUCGAGCUCGACUGCUCUUACACGGGACCCCCUAUCAUGGAGCACGGAAUCGACUGGUACGUCGACGCGGACUUCGUCGAGAUGGGCGGCCACGUCAUCACCGAGUACAACCGCCUCCUCGGCUACCCCUACGUCGAGACCGUGUCGUACACGCGGUGCUCGUUGGAGCGCCCCGCCGCACUCGGCGAGUCGUACUACAUCAACCUGGAC